UUUCAGAUUAUAUAAUUUAAGGGGUAUUUUGGGGAGAGGAAAACAAGACACGGUGAAACACAUAGAGGCAAAAGUAACAGCGAGUAUAUAUACCUUUCCUCAAUUCUAUCUCGUAGAGCAGACGGGCAAAUAACCAACGCAGCCAUGGGAAGAAGACCUGCAAGGUGUUACCGUCAAAUUAAGAACAAGCCAUAUCCAAAGUCCCGUUUCUGUCGUGGUGUUCCUGAUCCCAAGAUCAGGAUUUACGAUGUUGGCAUGAAGAAGAAAGGUGUUGAUGAGUUUCCUUUCUGUGUUCAUCUGGUCAGUUGGGAGAAGGAAAAUGUGUCCAGUGAGGCACUUGAAGCUGCUAGGAUUGCCUGCAACAAAUACAUGUCAAAGUUUGCAGGAAAGGAUGCAUUCCACUUGAGAGUUAGGGUUCAUCCAUUCCAUGUUCUUAGGAUCAACAAGAUGCUUUCAUGUGCGGGAGCUGAUAGGCUUCAGACUGGUAUGAGAGGGGCUUUUGGAAAGCCACAAGGUGUUUGUGCUAGAGUGGCUAUUGGGCAGGUUCUUCUUUCUGUUCGUUGCAAGGACAACAACAGCCAUCAUGCUCAGGAGGCUCUCCGUCGUGCUAAGUUCAAGUUCCCUGGCCGUCAAAAGAUCAUUGUUAGCAGGAAGUGGGGAUUCACUAAGAUUAACCGAGCUGAUUAUCUGAAGCUAAAGUCUGAGAACAGAAUUAUGCCUGAUGGUGUGAAUGCCAAGCUUCUUGGAUGCCAUGGACCAUUGGCCAACCGUCAACCCGGAAGAGCUUUCCUGACUGCCAGCUGUAAUGAUGAGGCUUAGGCUUGUUUGUUAUUUUGAAAUUUUAGUAUUUGAAUCACAUUUGUUUUGCAAGAGCAACUUUGAAUUUGCUAUUAUUUAGUCUGCGCUUCAUAUUAAACUGAGUUCAGUUAGCUUCCGUUUCGAAGACUACCUUGAGUUGAUGAUUAAUCUUAUAUUUUGUUAUGGUUGACUUCUA